GAUUCAAAGUGCGCGGAACGCUUAAGAGGCGAAGUUUCCUUGCAAUACAAUUUUAAAACAUUUGUAUACACUACAGUAAAGUGAUUUGUGUUUUUUGUAUAUAAAAAAAAUAAUUGGCAUUUAUUACAUGUUCAAAAGGUGUUAAGCAGCACAAUAAAGUAGUUUAGUAAACAAGUGCACGUCUGUAAACUGUUGUCAUUGUCUAGCGUAUUGUUGACUAGUGAAGAUGGGCAAGUUCGAGUACUCGCUGGGCCUCAAUGAGCUCAAGUCCAAGGAGCAGCGCCUUUGGCAGUCACUCAUUGGCGAAUUUAUGGGCAAUUUAAUAUUGAACUUUUUCGCUUGCGGCGCCUGCACACAAAUUGAGAAUGGCACCUUCAAAGCCUUGGCCUUUGGCUUGGCUAUCUUUGUAGCCAUUACGAUUGUGGGACAUUUGAGCGGCGGCCAUGUGAAUCCCGCUGUUACCAUUGCCAUGUUGGUAGCAGGACGGAUUAGCGUGCUACGCGCUCUCUUGUAUAUUGUCUUUCAGUGUCUGGGUGCCAUAGCAGGCACAGGAGCUGUCAAGAUUCUGCUGGAUGAGCAUUAUCGCGGUAGCUUGGGUCACACUGCGCUGGAAACACAUGUCACUGAGCUCCAGGGCUUGGGCAUUGAGUUCUUCUUGGGUCUUGUGCUAGUGCUUACCGUAUUCGGUGCUUGCGAUUCCAAUAAACCAGAUUCGCGCUACACAGCUCCGCUGGCCAUUGGCAUGUCGGUUACGCUGGGACACUUGGGCACCAUUCGCUAUACAGGCGCCAGCAUGAAUCCUGCACGCACUCUGGGCACUGCUUUUGCCACUGACAAUUGGAAUGCUCACUGGGUCUACUGGCUGGGUCCCAUUCUCGGCGGUGUGGCGGCUGCGCUGCUGUAUACACAAGUGCUGGAGGCGAAGGCACCACCCAAGAACACCGAGGCAGCCGAGAAGUAUCGCACGCAUGCUGAUGAACGUGAGAUGCGCAAACUGGAAGGAGCCCGUGACUAUCCCUAAGUAUCGAAGCUUUCAUUCUAUUUACUGCCUGUAAGGCCACUCGAAUCGUGGGCGUCAUAUUCAAAUGCUCAAAACACCAAGCAGAGAAAGCUAUUAAAAAAUACUUCCAUGUUUUUGAUUCAGUAUCGUCUUUCAUCAAUAAUAUUGCUGCGUUUACGUGUUAAUUUUAUAAUGUACAAGUAUUUAUGUAUUCAUGUAUUUAUUUAUACAAAUUCAUUUCUUAAACUAAUACCUAUUAAUGUAAGCUGUGCU